AUAGCCAGUCAAUGAUAUAUAGUAGCCAAUGUCUGUUAUAACCAGGCAUGGUCACAUAGCGUGUUUUAAUACAAGUAGAUCUACAUGGUAUAUAGUUAGCGGCGAACUAAAGUUUUAAACUGCAGCAAAUUGCAGACAUAAGGUCUUGCAAAAGUAGCCUACGAGUAUUACAUUAGCCAUUCGGUGAUCAAGUUAUUUUACACAGGAAUCAUGCUUAAUGUUGAGUUUGGAAGUUCGUAAUAAUAUGUUAGUUGCAAUUAAACUGCAAGCCUUAUCGUUGCACGAAGUAUAUUAUAUACCAGACUUUACUAUAUAUAGAAUCAGAAAGAAUACAGUUACGAAUCCCCGACGAAACAAGUUUCUAAUAUUAAAUCGUGAAACAUUAUAAAAGUGAAUGGAUUAAACUUAUCACGCUUAAAUUAUAUCAAGUCUUCAGGGUAUAUACUUUUCGCCGGUUCUAAAUUAUUUUUCGCAAGACUUGUUUUUUAUACAAAAUCUUAACCUAAACGAAUGUGCAGUUAUAGGUUUAAUAUUAUGUGUUACUUGCAAUUACAGUGCAAGGAGAACCGUUGCAAAAUUACAACCAUAAGUUGCAAGAUAUUAAGAUUAUGUAUUGACCUCAUAUAUUUUGUAUUUCAGAAAUCUAGCCGGUAGUUUGACAUAUUUAUACGAUGACGUGUAUCUCUCUAGAGGAGCUCGACCUCUCUUCAAUAUUCUCCAACAGCAGCAGCUAUUUCACCAGUUACGCCACAAACCCCAUUAUGACGUCACAAAAACGGACGCCUUCACGACUGAAGCGAGCAAGCAGCGACGUUUUGUUGUCAGAUACAGCGGUUUCGCCGGUAAGUCGAGAAGUUUCGGGGGUUUUAUCGGAACUGGACGAACUGAAGAGAUGCGUGGAGGGAAAUUAUAUCGGAAUCGAUGCGGAAAAGAGCGAUAUCUCGAUACUUGAGGAACUUAGUAAUAUGGCGUCCGGUUGUAGCGAUUCAGACGUCGCUUACUCGUCCCCGGAUUCGAGGUACGGGUCAACUGGUAACCUUACCAGCAAGACAAGUUUCGGAUCGGGAAUGGGUUUCCGUGACGCUGGGAUUGGAGGGCCAGUUUCCCGUGGAAGUUCGCUACGAAACCCCGAUAUUCGGGGCAAACGUAACUCCAUUGAGGUGAAGCAAGAAAACGAACAAAACCCGAUCGAGUUUGUUUUAGAAAGCUUCCUCAACUCAAACGAAACCUCCAAACCCAGGAUCCAUGAGAGCAGAGUUGAAGACAUCCAGUUCACAGGACCCCCUAUUAGCAGCAUUGAGCCGACAAUCACAUUUGCAUCAACAGAGGAGAAUCACAACGACACAGUGAAAGCUAUGAUGCAAUACUUAACCGAGACCAACCAAAUGUGUCAAGAAAACAGUGUUCCCGAGCAAAUAAUCUUCAGCGACUUAAACAGUGUUUCCGCAUCCGAUUCUCUUCCAAGCGUUGAAGAAUUGCUUCAAAUUCCGAACGAAAAAAGCCGCAGUUUUAAACCUGACCACACUGCGAAGCACCAGCCGACGCUGAACCGCCCAAAACAUUUCCACAACCAAGUAGUCAACCAGCCACAUGUACCAAUCCUAAACCCAGAGUUACAAAGCUUUGAAAACUUCAGCCCCGUGAUAAACAACAGUCUCAUCACUCCAACCAACACGUUCACAUCCAACCGCAUGAUGGAGCUAUCACCACUAUCAGAUCUUCAUAGUUUAUCGCAGGAUGAAGACAUGGACACAAAGAUGUCGCAUUAUCACCAUACAAGCCACCCAAACGGCCAUCAAUGUUUAGUAUGGGCAUGCAAAGCGUGUAAACGUAAAACUGGGCCACACGACCGACGGAGGGCGGCAACACUACGAGAGAGACGACGCCUUAAACGUGUCAACCAAGCGUACGACGCCCUUAAGCGUUGCGCAUGCGCAAACCCGAACCAGAGACUUCCGAAAGUUGAGAUUCUUCGCAACGCGAUAACCUACAUAUACAAUCUACAACAUAUGUUGUAUGGCGACCAACAGUCUGAUGCAAAAUCACCAGAAACCAAACCAGAAACGACUUUAAGCUUGGGCGAAACUUUCGUUAGCAAAACCGAAGUUGAUUCGCCGUUUUAUCAGUCCGAUGACGUCAGACUUACGUCAUCAAGGACGUCAAGCCCGGUUGAGUCCCUUCUUGAGUCCACGUCAUCGUCCUUCAUAAUGUCGGAUUUGGGCGACGAAAAUACUCAACCUCAGGAUACGUUCCCGGUAAACUUGCUUACUGAUGACGUCACCAGACCCUCGUCAACAACCCCUGACGUCAUCGCUGUCGUAAACGAACCAACAACAACAACGGAAGAUCGAAACUCGAGCCCUGUGACGUCAGUGAGCAACAGCGACACCAAGGGAGCUUCUAGUUUGGUUUGUUUGACGUCGAUCGUGGAAAGGAUCGAUUAAAAGAAGAAGUAGCGAGUCUACAAGAUUCAUAUGAUGUUGUAUACAAGCAGAAGCGUAACGUUGGGGGUGAAUGGCCUGUCACCUUAACUUUUGAUACGGAGUGCUAACAUAGGUUUUAGCACCCAAGUUUUACUCCAAAAACAGCAUUUAUUCCAGUUGGUCCAUUAUUGCCAAAAAAACUACAGUAAUUUAAAUAUUGUAUCAAAACCACCGCAUUUCGGGUGUCACUUUUCAAAUUUCCGCGAAAAAACUUUUCGUUAUACUGUAUGAUAUUUUCCACUACCGUGUAAAUAUGUUAGUAUUGUUACGUUUAUAUACUAGGUAUAAUGUGUGCCACAUAUUUCUAAUUGAAAUCCGAAACAUUCAUUUUUGCCACCGAAGAUUCCAAUCAUGACGUUAUAACUGCCAAAAAUUUAACUCGUUUUUAUGUAAGACUGAAAUAUGUCCGUGCAGUAUAUUAGUUGUUGUCUAGCAGUAAUUCGCAACACUUUUGAAAACCAAAACGAAUGUGCUUUGUAUUACAUUCACAAGUGUAAAGUAAGUAAUAUAUAGCAGUAGGGCGGGGUAAGAUGGGACACCUUUGACACAUAAUAUCCAAUUUUUCCUAACCGCUUUUUUAACAAUUACCAACGCUAUGUAGUCGCGUGGGGAUAUGGUUAUAGAAUUCUGUAAAUAUUCUUUGUUUACAACCGAAUGUGACGAUAAAAAAAGACUAAAACAUGGGCCAUCUUACCCCAAACUACUAUAUGUUUAACAUAGAUCGUGAUUCAGUAAGCGACUCGUUUUAAAAUGUCAAUACAUCUGUCAAUGUUAAGCGUUUGAA